AUGCCCCAGAGUUCAAUUCCACACGUCAGUACACAGGCAGCGACGACGAGGCGCACCAGGUCCUCUGUCGAAGCUGCUCACAUUGGUUUCCUGGAAACAAUGACGACAAAUCUUGUGACGCGCCGCGCUACCAUUGCAACUGUGGAUCGAGAGGAAUUAAUUUUUGCUUUCCCUCCAAAUCCAUAUGAGAAGAUCACCAUUCCUCUGCGGCUAUCUUCUGAGGUCAACACCGGGCCAUAUUCUCUCGAAUUCGGCCGAGCGGCAAACCGAGAAGUACUGGAAUACGAGAUGUGGCUGGCAGCUGCAAUGUCUCAGCUGGGCAAUGUGAAAAGUGCGCGUCCAGCAGUGGAAAGCCGCAUGGCAGAGUUAGUCUUGGAAGUGCAGAGUGGGCUUGAUGCGGUGGAGAUGCUGAAGCAGGACGAGUGGCAGCGGCGCUGCGAUUUACAAGCUAGAGCACGCGGAUAUUUGAAAGAGGGCAAAGUUCCUGUCAUUGAUACAUCUCCUUACUUUGUCCGACCCUCCAUCGCAGAGGACAAUUUAUCGUUAUUUGCUCAGCUCAUUGCCGCUACCCUAUUCUUGCUCUGCAACCUAUCAAUCGCUCGUUGCUCUUUUAUCUUGAUGAGCCUCCGCCACUAUGCCUCAAUGGCCCUACAUGAAGCUAAUCUACCUCUCGAUUUGUUCGGGCCUGCUGCAUCAGACGUCCCGCACGAUGUGAGAACUAUCGUGGACGGCUUGAAUCUGAGGCCAAGCGCGGUCGGAUUCUGCUGUUGCCCCAAGUGUUUCUGCUGCUACCCUAUCGACGACUUUCCCGAAUUCUGCAUUCAUCAGGAAGCACACGACACUCCACAAUGCGGCAAGGUGCUCAGACGCGUCAUGAAGAACAAGAUAUAUCCCACACGACGCUAUCUGCACCAUGACCUGAAGCAGUGGGUUGGAAGACUAAUGCGCCGCCCUAACAUGGAGACUCUUCUUGACCGGGAUGUCUUCGAUACGGGUGCGAAGCCUGGAGAGAUGAGAGACAUCUGGAAUGGGGAAGUGCUCCGUCAGUUCCAAGGCGAUAACAAGAAGUCCUUUAUAGACGGUCCGAAGGGGGAGGGACGUCUUGUAUUCGCUCUUAACAUGGACGCAUUCCAUCCUUUCCAGAACCUGGCCCACGGUGCUACAAACUCAUCUACAGCAAUCUAUCUAAUCAUGUCCUUUGGAAGCCACGGUUCCACCCACUUCUGUCCUUACUGCAACUUGACCAUCCGCGAUUUGGACAACCUAGACAUGGCCACAUGGCCGCCUGGAGUAACACGGGAAGAGUUUGUUACCUGCGCAAACCAGUGGAAAGGCGCUUCUUUAUCGGAGCGCAAUAGGUUAUUCGAACACCACGGCAUCUGGUACACCGAGCUACUCAGGCUAUCCUACUGGGACCCGGUCAAGUUUGUCGUCAUUGACAGCAUGCAUGCACUUCUACUUGGGAACUUAAAAACUCACUGUCGAGGAUAUUGGAGUAUGGAUGUCAAGGUUGACGAUAAGGCCGUUGAUCAAAAGCCCCCAAGAAGAGAUCCGAACCCGGAUGCCUUCGAGAUGAAACAGGCAUGGGAGCUCAUGUGCAACGGCACCAAGGACGAGAUUGGGAAGCUAAAAGAUAAGGUACUGAAGCAGUUAUGCAAGGAUGUUCAUCUGCGCUCCGGAGCUAAAAGGAAUGGUCUUCUGGUGGGAUUGCAUAAAUACAGGCAAGAUCAAGGCUGGCUUCGUGAAGACGGCUUGCUGAUACAUCCUCACCCCCCUAAGCCGAAAAGGAAGGAUCCCGUCACAGAAGAGGAGAUAGAAUAUGCGCGCCACGAAUUUGAUGUCACACCGUCAAUAAAAGCCGUCUCCUCAAAACUCCGCAAGGAAGUCGUUGUACGCCUGGCCGAGUCUCUUGCUGAUAGUCACUCUCAACUUGCGGAGGAGUUUUCUGGCCGGUCAUUGCAGAGCAUGACGAAGUCGGAGAUUACUGAGGUGCUUUCUACAUAUCGCGACUCGAUCUCAUCAGUUCACUCGCUGCCUACGGCCACAGCGAGGCCUAAGGCUGUUCUAGGGACGAAUAACCUGUCAAUUGUUCAUGAAGAUAUCGCAGCUACAAUACUACCAUCGUGGAUAGGAAGAGUCCCUGGUAACCUGGGCUCGGCGAGCCACAGGACUCUAUCAGCUGACGAGUGGCGUACAGCUUGCACGGUACACCUCGUUACAUUCACUGUUCGACUAUGGGGUGCGGCAUCGUCCUCAAGGAACGAGCGCACGAUGCUCGAGAAUUUCAUGCCUCUGGUGAGGGCCACCAAGCUUGCACAUAUGCGUAUCCAGACUGCUUCACGCAUCGAAGAGUAUCUCCAGAGCAUGAAGCUUUACCUCGACGGUGUUAUACGUCUAUACCCUUCGAUGUCUCUGAUGCCUAGUCACCAUCUCUCUCUCCAUUUUCCUCGUUUCCUCUGUCUCUUCGGACCUGUUCAUGCCUGGAGAUGCUUUCCGUUUGAGCGGUAUAACCACGUUCUGCAACAGGUAAACAAGAACGGGAAGUCCGGCGAGCUGGAGAUUACCAUGUUCGAGAACUUUUGCGCAGGGCAAGAGAUUCGCGCCUUGAUGGGCUCGGAGAUGCUGCCCGAGCCUAUCAUGAGGUGUAUGGGCCCAGAGUUUGAGCGCGUCUUUGGCAAAGACAGUCGGGGAACGCUACUCAACGAUAUGCUCGCGUUCCGCGAGGAGGCUCAGUUCGAGCUGCAGAACACUACUGACUACACACGGCUGGGACGCGAUCUGGAAGCCAAUCUACGACAACUGUUGUGGCAGGACGGUCUCAUUAUCACCCAGGCUCGCACCAUCUUAGGAGAGGAUGUGCUGCUGCAGCAGAGUAUAACGCGACGAGGAGUGCGAUUCUGCUCCAAGUCAUCCUCCGUCGGCGACAGUCAAGUCGUGUUCGGCGAUCUCUCGACCGAAGCAUGGGCAGCAGGCAAUAUCAGAGAGAUAAUUGUCUGGCCUUGCCAGCUCCAAGGGGAGCAAGUCGAGUAUCACUUUUACGCGAUCAUUGAAGUACUUCACCAGCUGUCUGCAGAGCAUGCUGCUCUCGACCCCUACCGCGCUUACUGUCCUAGCGCAGGACGGCCUCUACUACAAGCAGAGUACUGUCAGGUUAAUCAGCUUUCAAGACAUCAUUUGUCAUUACGCUUACAUCCCCCGGCCUACUGGACACACCGCCAUACCUCAGGAUUGUGUUCACGUCUUGCCAUUAGAUCGAGUAAGGGGCUCUUCCGAUCACUCACUAAGUAA